AUGAAGGUCUCCGCAGCCCUCCUGUGCCUGCUGCUCACCAUGGCCGCCCUCAACACCCAGGUGCUCGCUCAGCCAGAUAGAGUCACUUCCCUAGUCACCUGCUGCUUUGCAUUAACGGACAAGAAGAUCCCGAUGAGGAAGCUGGUGAGCUACAAGAGAGUCACCAGCAGCCAGUGCCCCAGAGAGGCUGUGAUCUUCACGACCAAAUCUAACAAGGAUAUCUGUGCUGACCCCCAGCAGAAGUGGGUCCAGGAUUCCAUGAAAAUCCUAGACAAAAAAACCCAAACUCCAAUGCCUUGA